GUCCCUCCGAGCAGAGAGCCUCCCCGUAUCUGGACCGGGGAGGAGCAGACGCUGGACAGGGUGUGUGUGUUCAGCAGUGGAUUGUCAGACUUGGGGUCCCGGCUGCUCCCUUUUGGGCCUCUCCCCGGGCCCGCUGAUCUGACUGUAAUUCCUCCUGCUGGAGCUAGGAUUCGGCCACCUUGACGCGCCCCCUCUGCCCCUGGAGCGUGUCUUUGGGUUUUGUGUGUGUGGGAGUGGCGUUUAUGUGUGUUUCUUAUCCGUGACACCUCCGGGUCGUUUGCUCGGAAACCGGCUGAGGGCCCGCAUAGCCUGGAGCAUUUGGUUGGAAGUUUCUGGGAGAAUGCUGGCAAUUCCCAGGAAGAUACGUGGAGAACGGAAAGGUUGCUACACCCAAAUAGUGGAGCAAAGCUAUGAUUAUGGAGGAUUGGACCUGCAAACUCCAGAACAGAGCAACCUUGUAAAAUAUGUGUGGGCAGCACAGAGACCUUGGGCAAGUUAACAGUUUCCUCAUCUGUAAAUAGUGAUUUAUGGAAAGCACCUGGUGCGUGGGUGUUUUGGUCCCAGGGAACCUCGUUUUCAGAGCAGAGGCUCACGCAGAUCCUGAGCCCAGUUAAUGGUCAUACCUUUCCCUGACUAAGUGAAUGUUCAUUCUAUCCUUUGAGAUUAUCUUUGAAGUCUCAUUACAUAGAUGUCUGUAAAAUCCUUCAAGCUGUGGACAGCCAAGUUCUGCCCUCUGAGGACCCUGCCCUUUCCCAAAAGGGAUAUCUUGAGAAGGAAAGUAUGGCUGCUCUUUGCUGGACAGCAGAGUCCCAGAACCCCAUGCAGGUGUUUUAGGGCUUUACGUCAUUCAAGGAUGUGGCUGUGAACUUCACUGGGAAGAAUGGAGAGAACUGGACCCUGCUCAGAGAGUCUUGUACAGAGAUGUAAUGCUGUAGAACUAUAGGAACCUGGUCUCCUUGGGAUUUCCAUUUUCCAAACCUGCUAUCAUCUCCCAGUUGGAAGAAGUGGUAAGCCCAUGAACGCAAAUGCAGGAGGGAGAGGUGCCAAGAAGCAGCUGUACAUAGCAGGCACAGAGACACGUGGUCUUCAGCAGAGCCUAUGGGGUACAGAUGAUUCACAUAAGAAUAGAAGUUUCAGGGCUGGACCUGGGGAGGCAGCCUGAGCCUGAGCCGGCUGUCCUGAGCCUGAGUACUCUAGCUGCCUUGUCGUCAUCGCAUCUGGCUGCCAUCCAGCGCCAGCACACAGUAAUGAGUGGCUGAGCUUCCUCCGGGAGGGAGGAAACAGUUAAAAUCUGGCAGCAGCUGCAGUCAUCUAGGCGUGGUUCUCUUGUCUGACUUGGGCUGCACAGAUCCUGGGCCGACGGACAGAAGAAAGACAGCCUAGGAGCAGAGCCUCCCAGAUGGCUGAGUUGGAUCUGAUGGCUCCAGGGCCACUGCCCAGGGCCACUGCUCAGCCCCCAGCCCCUCUCAGCCCAGACUCUGGGUCACCCAGCCCAGAUUCUGGGUCGGCCAGCCCAGUGGAAGAAGAGGACGUGGGCUCCUCGGAGAAGCUUGGCGGGGAGACAGAGGAACGGGACAGUGACUCUGCAGAGCAGGGGGAUCCUGCUGGUGAGGGGAAAGAGGUCCUGUGUGACUUCUGCCUUGAUGACACCAGAAGAGUGAAGGCGGUGAAGUCCUGUCUCACCUGCAUGGUGAAUUACUGUGAAGAGCACUUGCAGCCACAUCAGGUGAACAUCAAACUGCAAAGCCACCUGCUGACCGAGCCAGUGAAGGACCACAACUGGCGAUACUGCCCUGCCCACCACAGCCCACUGUCUGCCUUCUGCUGCCCUGAUCAGCAGUGCAUCUGCCAGGACUGUUGCCAGGAGCACAGUGGCCACACCAUAGUCUCCCUGGAUGCAGCCCGCAGGGACAAGGAGGCUGAACUCCAGUGCACCCAGUUAGACUUGGAGCGGAAACUCAAGUUGAAUGAAAAUGCCAUCUCCAGGCUCCAGGCCAACCAAAAGUCUGUUCUGAUGUCGGUGUCAGAGGUCAAAGCAGUGGCUGAAAUGCAGUUUGGGGAACUCCUUGCUGCUGUGAGGAAGGCCCAGGCCAAUGUGAUGCUGUUCUUAGAGGAGAAGGAGCAAGCUGCGCUGAGCCAGGCCAACGGUAUCAAGGCCCACCUGGAGUACAGGAGUGCCGAGAUGGAGAAAAGCAAGCAGGAGCUGGAGAGGAUGGCGGCCAUCAGCAACACUGUCCAGUUCCUGGAGGAGUACUGCAAGUUUAAGAACACUGAAGACAUCACCUUCCCUAGUGUUUACAUAGGGCUGAAGGAUAAACUCUUGGGCAUCCGCAAAGUUAUCACGGAAUCCACUGUACACUUAAUCCAGUUGCUGGAGAACUAUAAGGAAAAGCUCCAGGAGUUUUCCAAGGAAGAGGAGUAUGACAUCAGAACUCAAGUGUCUGCCGUUGUUCAGCGCAAAUAUUGGACUUCCAGACCUGAGCCCAGCACCAGGGAACAGUUCCUCCAAUAUGCGCAUGACAUCACAUUCGACCCGGACACAGCACACAAGUAUCUCCGGCUGCAGGAGGAGAACCGCAAGGUCACCAACACCACGCCCUGGGAGCAUCCCUACCCGGACCUCCCCAGCAGGUUCCUGCACUGGCGGCAGGUGCUGUCCCAGCAGAGUCUGUACCUGCACAGGUACUAUUUUGAGGUGGAGAUCUUCGGGGCAGGCACCUAUGUUGGCCUGACCUGCAAAGGCAUCGACCGGAAAGGGGAGGAGCGCAACAGUUGCAUUUCCGGAAACAAUUUCUCCUGGAGCCUCCAAUGGAACGGGAAGGAGUUCACGGCCUGGCACAGUGACAUGGAGACCCCACUCAAAGCUGGCCCUUUCCGGAGGCUCGGGGUCUAUAUCGACUUCCCAGGAGGGAUCCUUUCCUUCUAUGGUGUAGAGUAUGACGCCAUGACUCUGGUUCACAAGUUUGCCUGCAAGUUUUCAGAACCAGUCUAUGCUGCCUUCUGGCUUUCCAAGAAGGAAAAUGCCAUCCGGAUUGUAGAUCUGGGAGAGGAACCCAAGAAGCCAGCACCGUGCUUGGUGGGGACUGCUCCCUAGACUCCAGGAGCCAUAUCCCAGACCUUUGCCAGCCACAGUGAUGGGAUUUGCAUUUUAGGGUGAUUUGGGGGCAGAAAUAACUGCUGAUGGUAGCUGGCUUUUGAAAUUCUAUGGGGUCUCUGAAUGAAAACAUUCUCCAGCUGCUCUCUUUUGCUCCAUAUGGUGCUGUUCUCUAUGUGUUUGCAGUAAUUCUAUUUUUUUUUUUUUUGAGACGGAGUCUCGCACUGUUGCCCAGGCUGGAGUGCAGUGGCGUGAUCUCAGCUCACUGCAAGCUUCGCCUCCCGGGUUCAAGCGAUUCUCCUGCCUCAGCCUUCCAAGUAGCUGGGCUUACAGGUGCCUGCCACCACACUCAGCUAAUGUUUUGUAUUUUUAGUAGAGAUGGGGUUUCACCAUGUUGGCCAGGCAGAUCUCAAACUCCUGACCUCGUGAUGCACUCACCUCGGCCUCCCAAAGUGCUGGGAUUACAGGCGUGAGCCACCGCGCCCUGCCUGUUUGUAAUAAUUUUUAGGCACCAAAUCUCCCUCAUCUUCUAGUGCCAUUCUCCUGUCUGUUCAGGUAAAUGUCACACUGUGCCCAGAAUGGAUGACCAGGAACCUUCAAGAGUGGCUGAAAAGAUUGCAGAGUUAUCAUAAUAAAUUGCUAACUUGUGUA